AUGUCUACCCACAAGCACGACAAAAGCGACGAAGAAGUCGGUGUAGUGCAUCGGGAGUUUGACCAUGGCGAUGACUUGGUGCAGAAGGAUGUCAUCCACGAUCACGAUGUUCUUGGUCGCUCCAAUGUCACUCGGGAGGAUGCGAUGCAUCUCGGCGAGCUCACGCCCGAAGAGCUGGUGCACGAGAAGAAGCUGCGUAAGAAGAUAGAUUGCUUGAUCAUGCCAUUGGUCAUGUUGGUGUACUUGAUGAAUUACAUCGACCGCAACAACUAUGCUGCCGCUCGUCUGCAAGGAUUGCAAGCCGACUUGAACCUCAGCGACUCUCAAUACGAAACAGCGUUGAGUAUUCUCUUCGUGGGCUAUGUACUCAUGCAAGUCCCAUCCAACGCCUUACUCAACUUCUCCGGCAAGCCCUCAUGGUACAUUGGCUUCUGGGUCAUCGCCUGGGGCUUGGUGUCCCUCCUCACGUCUCAAGUGAAGAACUUUGGCGACAUCGUGGCCUGUCGCUUCAUCCUCGGAUUCGUGGAGGCCCCCUUCUUCUGCGGCGUCAUCUUCUACCUGUCCAAAUGGUACACCAGAGCCGAGUUGAGCUUCCGCAUGGCCAUCUUCUACUCCGCUUCUCUAUUGUCAGGCGCUUUUGGCAAUCUCAUUGCCGCGGGCAUCUUGAGCGGUUUGGCGGGUCGAGAUGGACUCGCCGCAUGGCAAUGGCUUUACAUCAUCGAAGGCUCCAUCACCAUGGCCGUUGGCAUUGUCAUCGUCUUCGUUCUUCCUGACUUCCCCCACACCUGGAAGCUUCUAUCGCCCGAGCUCAGAUUCGUCGCGAAUCGGCGUAUGGCCGUGGAUGCCGCCGAAGCGGACGUGGACGAGCCAGGGUCAAAGCAACACGCCCAUGGGCUGAAGAUGGCCUUUACCGACCCCAAGACCUACAUCAUCGCCUUCAUGUACCACUGCGUCACGGGCGCCACAGGGUUUCAAAACUUCUUCCCGACGCUGACAGGCUCGCUUGGCUUCAACAACAUCGACACUUUACUUCUCGUCGCGCCGCCCUACAUGUUUAUGGUCUUUUAUUCUUACGGCCACAGCUACGCCUCGGACAAGCUCCGCAACCGCUACUGGUUCUGGAUGUACCCGAUCCCCAUCACGAUUGCAGGCUGCUUCAUCUUCAUGUUCGCCGACGGCUUCGGACCGCGCUACUUCAGCCUGUUCCUGUUGAACUUUGCCUUUGCCAUGAAUAGCACGAUCUACGCCUGGAUCGCCUCGGCGAUUCCCCGCCCACCCGCCAAACGCGCAGCGGCCAUGGCCUUCAUGAACAGCGUCGGCAACGCCGCGUCCAUCUGGACGCCGUACACGUACAACAAGAAGUACAACGGGCACUACGACUUGGCUCUGGGCGUGGUGAUUGGGCUCAUGACGGCGGCUGGAAUUGCGGGGACGGGGCUGCGGUUCUAUCUGGCGGGCGAGAAUAAGCGGUUGGAGCGGAUGGAUGGGGCGGAUGCAGAGUUGACGCCCAAGGAUAUUAAGAGAUUGCAGAGGACGGCGGAGCUGGAGGGGAUUGAUGUGGCUGCUGCUCGGCAGCUUCAGAAGGGGUUUAGAUAUCAACUCUGA